ACCAACAUAUCAAAAUUGUGAGUAUCCACGUGGACACGAAUGAUUAGCGCUACUGGCGCGCCAAAUGCCAUCACGAUUCAGCGGGACAUUUACAGGUCUUGGUAAUUCAAAAUUUCAAACGCUUCGAAACAGAACGGUUCUCCAUCUUCAAUUCUAAAGUUUUCUUCAACCUCGAUCCACAUGGGGAACAUGAAAACUCCUACUACUAAAGCAAGAGUCAGGAAGCGAGUCUCCGACACCGAUCUCACAAGCUCCGAUCAAAGAAAGCGAACCAACGAUGAUCUCGACCUCGAUCUCGACCUUUCCGACGAUCUCAAAGGAAUAGUGUCGGCGCUGAAUCAGAUCAAAGAGAGAGCUCAUAAGGACGACCAGAAGAAGAAUGAAGAGACGAUCUCGAGUGUAGCGACUGAGAUGAGAACAAUGAUUGAGCAAGUGAAAUCUAAACUUGAGAAGGACAGGCAAAAUUUUGCAAAAGCUCUAUCGAAAAGCUCAAAAGAGUGUGAAAACUGUUUGAAGGAUGAAACUGCUAAAUUCCGAGCACUUUACGAGAAAUUCACAAAAGAGAAAGCUACACAUCUCCAAGCCAUAAAAGAUACCAUUUCCAAAUUUGAAGAGGAGAAAGAAAGGCUAUUUGUAAAAUAUGAACAACUGAGAAAGAGAGAAAGGAGCUUGAUAUCUGAACAAGAGAAAGCUUGUGCUGAAAAGAUUGCUCAGUUGGAGGAGUCUUUGAAAAGGAAAAAGCAGGAUGAUAAGACUUUCAGUCUUUUGCGGAAGACUCUUGGUUCAUUUCUUGAAACUGGUUCAGAUGAGGACUUCCCAGCUGAUGAUUGAAGGUAGGGAUUGAAAAACAUUCAAUAAUGAAUACUCUGCAUCACUCCCUUUAGCACUCGUCUGCUCUUAUCUUUCGCAAACAAUUUGAUGCAAUUAUCUAGUCUACAUUCUCGUACAGACGUAUUUCUCUUUGAGGAUCAGUAGUUCUCUUAAUAGUCUGGAUUGUAAAUUGAAAUACUAAAUUGAGUCAUAAGGGUCGUUUCCUUAUCUUUAAUUGUUGGCCUUAUGGCGGUAGCCCCUUUGCCUCUUUAA